AUGCCUGCUCCGCCGCCACCACCACCACCACCUCCCCCUCCUGCGACGGGGGGGCCCUCCUCCUCCUCCUCCCCCUCCAGACAGUCUUCCGUCGAGGCCGGGAAGGCAGAGGUUAAGGACAGGUCAGCACAGAGCGCACUAUUGCAGGAUAUCACCAAGGGAACGAAGCUGAGGAAGACGGUGACAAAUGACAGAUCCGCUCCUAUGAUUGAAAAGAAAUCGAGCGGUCCGGCCAUUGGUGGAGCACCUCCUGUUCCAGGCAUGCCCAAACCGCCAGGAGGACUGGCGCCUCCAGUGCCUGGAGGAAACCGGUUGCGAAGCAAUAGUGAAGGGCGUUCUGGGGGCGAUGACAGCAGCUCUAGUGUUCCGUCAGCCCCCCAGCUGGGCGGUUUAUUUGCGGGCGGCAUGCCGAAGCUGCGCAGUCGAGGAGGGGUAGAUACUGGUGCGAAUCGAGACGCAGCAUAUCUGUCGGAUUCAGAGGCUUCUCGGCCAGAUCCUCCAGCCGCGUCAGCGCCGAAACCACCUACAGCACGUCCGCCUCCUGUGCCGUCUUCUACAGAAUCACCAUCGGCGCCGCCAGUCAACCCGUUGGUCGCCAACCUGCGCAAACCGCCUCCAAAACCCGCGUCGAGGCCAUCAUCGACUGUGUCGACUACGUCCACGAAGACGGCUCCCGAGGUUCCUCCACGAGCACCACCACCUGUCCCUGGAACAAAAGCCCCGCCCCCUCCGCCUGUCAGGAAGCCCUCUGCUCCCGCUCCUCCACCCCCGCCUUCUUCUGCCAGUCCUGCUCCUCCGUCUGCUCCUCCUCCUCCGCCAUCGAGCUCUGCUCCAAAGCCUCCGGCUUCUGGUCCACCACCGCCACCAGCUCCUCCAGCGUCAGCUCCCCAGCCGCCAAAUGGCGCACAGGCUGCUGCCGCCUCGAUAGCAGUGCAGGCUGCAAGAAACGCGUUUGGAAAUUCGCAUGCGCCUUCUGCUCCUCCACCUCCGCCGCCCACCUCAUCAGCGCCAUCGGCACCUGCAGCACCACCACCUCCUCCUCCUACCUCUGCUCCAUCUCCCCCCAGCGCCCCUCCUGCACCUCCAGCUGCGCCUCCACCGCGUCCGGCUACCUCAUCUCGGCCUGGGUCACAUGAUGACCAUCAGGCCAAAUCAGGGCGGUCGACACUCGACCCAAGUGCUUACACACUCAUCAAUGGCGGAUCCUCUCCGUCGGCGAGUCCCCGGACGUCUGGGAUUAUUCGAAUCGAAGAUAACCGGUUCAAGUUUCAAGAUGAAAGCCUGUUUCCCAAGCCACGUCCCUUUUCAGGCGGGGUUCGAAUGUACCGUGCAGGAAGGGGCAGCAGUGUGCCGCUAGAUUUGAAUUCUCUAGGCUGA